GGGCCGCUUCCCCUUUAAGGGCUAGGGGAGCUGCGGCGGCGGCUGCUCGCUAUGGUGGUGCUGAAAAGCCUGGAGGGCAGCUCAGCCGAGGCGGCGGCGACCGUGACCGUGACCGUGACCCCGGCGGCGGUUCCUGCGUCGGACGGGGGAGGCGGCGGCGGAGGAGGAGGAACAGCGGCGGGGGCGGCCCCCCCCGGAGCGCCGCCGGGCGGGGAGCCCUACCUACACUACCACUCCCAUCUCCCAAGCUCAAGGGCCAAGCGUCUCAGCCCCGCCAAGCGAAGGCAGUAUUUCAUCAAUCAGGCGGUGAGAAAUUCGGACCUCACACCCAGGGCCAAGGGCCGAAAGAGGCUGCAGCGGAUGGAGAACAGCCACUAUUUGAUGACCCUUAUGGAGAGGGUUGAAUGCUCUCCCGAUGAUGGGGACCUGGCCCUCCCUGCCACUCCCAGCAUCUUUGCCAAAGCCUGCAGCAAUGAGACCUACAUUGAGAUCUGGAGUGAUUUUAUGAAUCGGUCUGGGGAAGAGCAGGAGCGGGUACUCCUGUAUCUGGAGGAGGAAGCUACGAAAAAGCAGAAAAGGAAGGUCCCUGCUAAGACUGAAGAUAAUCGGAAAGAUCCAUCCUACACACCCCAGGCGUGCUUCCAGAGGAUUAACCGUCGCCUUCGGACCACCCUGAAACGAGGGAGAAUCCCUAUGGACACGCUGGAGGGUCUGGAAGGAAAGCUUCUCCGUUUUUUCUCUGUCACCCCUCGAUCUGUCUACAUAGCCAUGAUGGAUAGCAGCUUUGAGCGACUCUUGCUUCAUGCCCUCUGCCAGUAUAUGGACCUGGUCUCUGCCAGUUCUGACUUUGAAGGCAGACGUCAGAUGAGAGUGAGCAACAAACACCCCAGCUUCCUGCCUCCGGAGCAGCUGCUGUCUGCCUACCUGGAGCAGAGGAGCUGAUGGCAUCCCUCCUUCUCCCCCGCCCUGGGCCCGAGACCUCUCCUCUCCCUCUCUUGGGAGCCCAGGGCAGCAUGGUCCCCAGAUCUGUUGAUUGGCAUUGUUACUAUUUUUUUCAUCUUCCCUGAACUCUGCCUGGCCCACUUUGCUUAGAUCUGGCGUUUGCUUCCGGUGUUUUAAUUUUCUUUUUUACAAGGUACUUAAAAAAAGUCCUGAUUUUUUUUUUUUUUGGUGGAUUUCACCCCCUGACCUGAAAGCUUCUUGUUCCUCUUCCCUGCCCGUCCAAUCUAUCAUUCUUUUCCUUUGGAAAGAUUAUCCAUGAAAGAUCUGCCUGGGGUGCUUCCCCCCUGAUUCUUUGGGGCCUUCUGGAGGAAGCUCUGGACACCUCCCCCCUCCCCAGGCCUGCAUCCCAGGCCCUGUGGAUGCUUACAAGCCCGCCUUGCUGUGACCCCAGGGGUCAGGGCUGGGGCUGGGGGUUGAGGGUCGUUCACUGAGCAGGGAGGACUUCAGGUAGUGAGCAGCCCUUUCCAGAUCAUUGGCGUCUGUCUCAGAGGGACGCAGGCUGGCCGGCAGGGUUUUAUCAUUAUUAUAAUAUUUUUAAAAGAUUUUUUGAGGAGGGUGUGGGAGUUGGUUUGUUUUGGACUUGGUAAAAGAAACCAAAUUUGAGUUAGAUUCUCCUGAGGAUCUAGCUCUCUUUAAAUGAUCAAUUUGUAUGGCUAGAGGUGUCUCCACUGCCCCUCUUCUCUCUCCCCCCUCCCCAGCCACUGAGCCAUCCCCCAGACCUGAGGGAAGACGGCCCUCCUGGGCGCUGAUGUGACCAGUGGGCUGGGGGUGCUUUUCAUUACUGCCCAUACUAUGACCGUAGUUUUUCUAUAGUGUGCGUUAUGUGUAUCUCUGUGUGUGUGUGUGUGUGUGUGUGUGUGUGUGUGUGUUUGGCCCUGACACCUCCCCCUCCCCACAGUGGGGCAGCUCCACCCUCCAUUCCCUUGAGAAUGAAUUUUUUAAAAAGCCUGUAUUGUAAGUCUGGGCCCGAAAGGUCCUAGGGCUCUGCUUUUAGGGGAUGAGUGUUUGUUUUUUAAUUGUCUCUGUCUUCCUGUGGUGCCUUUUUUGCAGACUUACUUGUUAUCACUUGCAUGGCGGGUGAAACUGCAGGGCUCCUGGCCUCCCCUCUUGCUCUAGGCCCUGGUCCCUCAGUGGCCGUCCUGGGGAGCUGUUUGCCAGCCAGAGCCCCAGGACCCGGAGCUUGGUGAUCCUGGCCUGGAGGCGCCCUGGUCAGCAACAGCCUCUCUUGCCCAUACUCCUCCAUUUGGGCCUCCCCUCCCCUCCCCUCUGAUCCCAGCCAUGGGAUAGCCAUAGGGGACUUGGGCUGGAGGGUUGAUGCCCCUGACCUCCCUCUGCUCUGGGUCUCACUGCCCAGGCAAGCCUUGAGGGCCAUGGGUGGAGAAGGCAAGGGGGGCUGCAGGCUAGGCCUUGGCUAUUGCUUGGCUUUGGGGAAGGCGGGUAUAAUAAAUUUCUGGUGCUCUGU